AUGGUUCAUAUGAGAUAUCUAUUCAGUUUCAUUCUCUUACGUUUUAUUUUUGCUACUCCACAAAUCAAUCUUCAUUACACAGAUUGGUUGAGUGAUAGUGGAAGUAACACUGUAUUACACUAUGAUUGCUUGCGUAUUCCUGCUUCUAAUAACGAAACAAAUAUUAAUCAUGAAGUUAUAUCUUAUUGUAUGAAUGAAUUAUCAUCAAAAUUUCAUAUCGAAAACAAUGAUAUCUUUCCAAAGUUAACUUUUGCUGAACUUGCGAAAUUGAAUAUAACCAGUCAACAAUUAUAUCUUUGGUCUGCACCGAUCGAUCUUAUUGAACGCUAUCAAUUCUAUUUAAAUGAAUUAUUAACAUCAAA